UGUGGCUGGGAGAGGGGAGGGAGUAGUGGGAAAGAUACAAAACCAGCUUCCAGGCGGUGGGCGCGGCUCCACUGCGCAACUGGCAGGAGGGGGUCUGUGGGUCAGAGGCUGGGCAGCAGCCCCAGAGGCUCGGUUGCUAGCUGGCAAUUCAGUGGGGCCGUUUACUACCUAGCCUUCGUGGCCUGGGUGGCAUCUGCUUGUGAAGGGCAGCCAGCCUAGCAACACCUUCUAAGCAACCACAGCCCAGGAAACCAGAGAAAUCAGAAAGAGGAGCCCAACAGGAGAAAAGGGCUGCAAGGAGCCCCUCUUCUCAGGGUUCCCUGAGGUGCUGGUGGAGACCCCUCACAUGGUAGCAAGUGCAAAAUCAGAAAUGGCUUCCCCAGAACCUAAGCGCCUUGUCCCCUUCACCAGAGAGUCUCUUGAAUUUAUGGAACAGCAUAUUGUUAAAAAACACAGUGAGGAAGAUCAAGAUUUAAAACCAAAUGCUGAUUUGGAAGUUGGAAAAGAGCUUCCAUUUGUUUAUGGAAAUCUUCCACAAGGAAUGGUGUCAGAACCCUUGGAAGACGUGGACCCAUACUACCAGAAUAAAAAUACUUUCAUGGUAUUAAAUAAAAAGAGAACGAUCUUUAGAUUCAAUGCCACCUGGUGUACCCUGUCUCCUUUCAAUUCAAUUAGAAGAACAACUAUUAAGAUUCUGGUACAUCCCUUUUUCCGACUAUUCAUUUUAAUUAGUGUCCUGACUGACUGCAUAUGUAUGUCCAUGACUGAUUUGUCAAAAUCGUCGCCAGCAUUACAGAAUACUUUGCUUGGAAUUUACACACUUGAAAUACUUGUAAAACUCACUGCAAGAGGCAUCUGGGCAGGAUCUUUUUAUUUCUUUGGUGAUCUGUGGAACUGGCUUGAUUUCAGCGUAACUUUGUUUGAGCAUAUAACAAAGUAUUCAACUCUAAACUUAACUUCAAUAUCUGAAAUUGCAAGAAAUUUGAGAAUUUUGAAAAUUAUUCCUUUAAACCAAGGUAAGAAAUGGCACUGAGUUCCUUUUCUUCAU